AAUGGUACCUAUGAGGUUGGAAGAUAAAACGUACACAGAGUUACCACGGGACCUUAAGUACCAAGAAUUAAAGAAGCGUUCAAAGGGGAAGAGAAAGUACCAUGGAUUUUACGUUAAAAUAUAUGCAAGGUCCAAGCAUUGAAUCAGAUAAUGUGUUGUCAGGAAGCGGGGUAAAUAAGCCAAAAAGUCAGCGCAUUGUCCUCUCUGACUCGGAAGACGAGUUUGAAGACCCUGAAAAGAAAUUGAAGACAGAAACCCCUAAAACAAGUACACCUGUUUGUACACCAUCCAAAGUGGUACAUGUAGCAGCUAUUGACGAAGAUCUACCCAUGCUUCAUUCUCCUUCAAAGAAAGAGAAGAGAACAUCCAGCCCUGGACAAUCAUCAAUUGAGAAAGACAGUGAAGAGCUGCCAGAUAUUCCUUUACCUAUGACAUUAAAGGAUACAGAUGCAUCUACAUGUACAGAUGAUGAAGACUGGACAUCAAAUCUUGAAAAUAAGGUGGAUGAAGACAAUAUCCUGAAAGACUUUGAGGAAAUGAUGCAGAAAAAAAGAGAAAGGCAGUUGACAGAGAGGAACAUGCAUACUUGUGAAGGCAUGAUUUAA